AAAAAGGAUAGUACUGCUCGUGCAUUUCUAGCCUUCACUUACGUAUUGUGUUGGUAUUGAAACUUAAACUGGAAUCUUUGCGAUAAAUGUUUAUUCCUUGUCAUACUUCACACCCCCCCCUUACAAUCAAUAAGUGGAAGAUUCCCUCUCCUUUCCGGUCCGUUCCGCGAACGUUGCGGGGUGCCGUGUUCUGUCUGUAAUUGUCUUUAGAAUGUUCGGAAAGAAUCCGAAGCGGAAUUUCCGCCGCAGGAGGAGUGAGUCCAGCGAGGAGGAUGAUCAGGAGCAGCUUCAGCCCGGAGCUAGGACCAGGGCUGCAGUCAUACUCGCUCCACCAACCUGUGGCUUAGCCAGGGCCCAGUCCGCCAGCCCCAGCUCAGCUUCAGCAGACAGUGGCAACGAGGAAGCUGUAGUCGAAUGGGGCGCUCCAAAGCACACCAGUCAAACCCGUAACUGUGACCUCAGUCUGCUGAGCUUCGGCUACGACAGAGAAGAGGAUGGAGAAGAAUUUAAGGUAAAGAAAACUGGAAACACCAUUUUAUUUUCGUCACAUUGGAAAAAGGAAAAGCAGAAUAAUAUUGAACAAGCUGAGGAUAUAUCUAAAGAUGAGAAUAUUUUUCAUGAUUCCACACCAAGAGAUUUUCGAAAAGGAAGCAGUUCAGAUGAGGAGACAUUGGAAAUUCAUACAGGAAAUGAAGAAACUAAUUCAACAGUUAAUGAAACUGAGACAGCCAUGAUAUAUCAGCGCAGAAUGGAACCAGGUGUGAUUCCAAGUACUAGGUACAUCCAUGCUGCUCGUAAACAGCGUCAGAUGGCCAGAGCCCAAGCUGACUUCGUUCCUCUUCAUUCGUUCGGAAGAGAUAGUAUUUUGCCAUCAAAAUCGAAUGAAGAAGACCCCAGUGACGAUGAGCUUGAUAAUCAUGAAAGGAGAAUAGAAUUCACCAAGCAACUGAAAACACAGAGAGAGAGAAUGACAGAAGAAAUUGGUGUAAAUGAAAGUGACGAUGAGAGUUUAAAAAACGAAGAGGAGGAUGAUGAUCAGAAACUGUGGGAACAGCAACAAAUCAAAAGAGUCACAGUGUUUACUACACCAGAUAUUGAGACAGCCAGUCAGCCAAGUGCACUCAUUAAGAGAACAGAGUUGGAAGUCUGGAGAAAAUUGCCACCAAUCAACUUGGAAACUGUCAAAAAGCGAUUGAUCACUAGACUGGAGUCGCUGCAAGAAGUUUACCGCUCACAUCAGCGAGAACAUGAAAAGAUCCAGGUGAUGGCUGAAUCUUCACAACAUACAAUUGAACACUUGGAAGCCACUUCUGACUCUGGUCACCGUUAUAAAUUUUAUCAAGAAAUGCGAAGCUAUGUUCAAAAUCUGACCAACUGCUUCAGUGAAAAGAUAUCUGUCAUUAAUGAACUAGAAUCUGAAAUGCAUCAGCUAUUGGCACAGCAGGCAAGAAAUCUUUUGCAACGCAGACAGGAUGAUGUUCAAGAUGAGUCAACUGAUGUUUCACAAAUUUCAAAAAAAGCUGAUACCAACAGUGUGAGUGACAUGGACCGUGCCAAAGCAAAACAGCAGCGAAUUGAAAAACGAGAGGCAAGAAGGGCACACAGGGAGCAGUUACGAAAAGCAGCUGGCAAGGAAACAGACCAUCACAAAGGCCUGUCCAGUGAUGAUGAAGUAGCCCCAGUUGAUAUGUGUGAUUUUCACGAGAAAGAAGAUCGCAUUUUGAAGGAAUCCAAGAAGAUUUUUGACGAUGUGCAUGAAGACUUCUGUAGAGUCGACAGAAUUUUAGCGAAGUUUGGUUUGUGGCGACAGAAAUUUCCUGAUUCAUAUUAUGAUGCAUAUAUUGGGCUUUGUCUUCAAAAAAUUCUGACUCCUUUAAUCCGUGUGCAGCUGAUUGGCUGGAAUCCUCUUAGACCUGACUGUUUGGAGUUGGCAGAAAUGCCCUGGAUUUUACCAUUGGAAGAGUUCUGUCACAUGGAAGAUGAAGAAUUCAAGAAAAAGGAAAAUUCUGAUAGAAAAUUACUUCCCACAGUAAUUGAGAGAACAGUCAUUCCGAAAAUUGAGGGCUUUGCAAUUCAUGUGUGGGACCCUUUGUCAUCCUCUCAGACGUGGAAUUUAGUACAAAUUUGCAGAAAGCUAAACAAGGAAUAUAAUGUGUUCAACAAUGUGCAAAGUAAAGCCAUCCAGGCUCUGAAAAAAGCUAUUAUUAUGAGAAUAACAAUGUCUGUGGAAGAGGAUGCUUUCAUUCCUCUGUAUCCAAAAAGUAUGCUGGAAGAUCGAACAUCAGUCCAACGUCAGUUUCAGGAAAGGCAAUUCUGGUCAGCUGUGAAGCUUUUGGAUAAUGUUCUCCAGUGGGAUGGUCUAUUACCAGAACACAUUCUUCAGGACAUGGGCUUAAACAAACUUCUCAAUCGUUACAUUUUACUGAGCCUACAAACUUCUCUGACUCAGUCAGGAAGUACAGAGAAGUGUAAAAAGAUAAUUGCUUGCUUUCCCAAAAGUUGGUUUGAAAAUCUUGAAAGACAGAGUAGUAUCCCCCAAAUGGAAAACCUAUGUAGAUAUUUGUUGCAAUCUAUUCGGACCAUACAAGAAAAUAAUUCAAAUCCAGAUAUGGAAUACAAUGGCAGAGAAGAAAUAAAAGAAAUAAUUCAUAUGUUGAUCUCAAUUCAUGCCUUGGAUCAUGCUGAGAUCAUUGUCAAUGAGUGUAAAUUAGAAGACUUGGACUGGAUUUUCAAAGGAACCUGAUUAAUGUGAACUGACUGGCCAUGUAUCAUUUAAAGGUUACAACUUAGCAAUGAGAUCUUUCAUGAUGAUGCAUUCAACAGUGCUAUGAUCCUCAUCCAUGACUGACGUGUAAGUUAGGGAAAAAUUGAAUUACUGAAAACCAUUUUAAUUCCACAUUUGUUAAAAAUACUUUGCAUUUUUUGUAGGAAGUACAAGUUUCUUACUCUAAAUUUAUGGAAGUCAGACCUGAAAAUUUACUGACAGCAACAUACAAUUUUUUUGUCGCCCACUGGUUCUUUCCAUGACUGUGCAUGUGCAAUGAUUUAAAGGGGGUGACUUGCGAUCAGGAACUUUAAAGUUGUAUGUCCUUUAAGGGAUCACUAGCAUUUAUGCCUUCAUUUCCUGCAUCAGAAUGGUCACAUUACAUGCAAAAGCAGCAGUGCUCUCAGCGAUUGACGUAAAGCUGUUUCCCCAAAAACGUGUUCACUUCAAGAUGUAGCCAACAGUGUUGUAAAUUCUAAUUUGGUUGCCCUCAAGCUUAUAAAAUCUUUUCAUCCAGAAAAAAUACCAUGCGGGAAAUAGUUGGUUUCUUCCUUAAUAGAGAUUAUCAAUUUUUCAGUAUUGGAUUACUGUCCUUUUAUGUCUGGACUCUGAUUGUUAAUAAAAUAAAACUAUUGGGGAAACAUGAAAGCAAUCAGUGGUGGGGUAUUUACAAGACUGGGGAUUAUGAACAUGUGUAAAUGCUUCAUACAGACUUUCAGGUUAUUUAGUUAUAUGUAAAAAAUGCUACUGUUCAAUAAAUCAAUUUUCCAACAUUC